ACAGUCCCACCGCGUAUGCUUCCCUCGCUGGAGUCGCCCGCAUCCUAUCCCAACCCGACCAGUUUGUAAAGGGGUUUGGACCUCAUGUUUAGACAGUAUUGAAGCUUCCGGCAUUGGUAAGCCGUUUGGGUUCUUAAGGGGUGUGCAGCAGAUCAACUAAUGAGAUGAAUAGAUGUGUUUUUUUUUGGGAACCGUUAUUACAAAUUUACAAUGAAAAUUGAUAAGCAGUAAAGGAGGGCUUUUAAUUUUGCUAUUGUUUUGUGUGAAAAGUCAAUCGUGAUGACAGAACUACUUAUAGUGUGGACUUGGUUGCCUGUGUCAACUUCCAGCUGUGGAUCAUUCUGAAUACAAGAUGAUUGUGACAUUCAAGGAGGAUGGUGAUGUGAAUAAGUGAAUAAGGGGGUGUAAUCUGACAUACACUACACUACUUGGUGGAGCCGUGGGGGUGCUAUGAAGCCUUUGUUAGUUCUUGAUAUCAACUGAAAUGGUCAUAGUGCAAACUGGCCACCAUGCUGAUGAGAUUUACGGUGGAAGAGUGCAAAUCACAAGAUGGAAUCCCGACAAUGCUGUGAAGAUCAGCCAGUAGUUGAAACUGAAAGGGACCUAGUCACAGAUAUAAACUUUCUUCGUCACUUUAAAACUUUACUGCUUUCGAGUAAAAGGUAUGCUUCCUCUUUCGCAAUGAACUUCUAUAACUUGUUAUUGAAUCUGAACACCGUUUUGUCAUGAACUUCCUGGAGGCUUCCUCAACUUUAGCUCUAGUUCUUCUCAUUGAACUGUACAACUGUACAAGAGUAUAUAGGCAUACCAUUACCCUUUUACCAUGAGUAUGGGUAGAUAACUAUAUAGUUCUUGAUCAUCUGUCUUAUUGAGUUCACCCUCCGUUGGCUUCUCUUGUUGACCGAAGAGAGUUUAUUGGAGGCAUUUGCAAGACUUCAACUUCACUCUUAAAUCACCUUAGAGCACAAUGACCUUCUUGGCUACUAUCUUAUGAUACUCACAUCCAUAUACAAUUCCAAAAAUGAAUGAUUUCCUAGCUCAUAAGUUCAGGAAGUGAAAAAUUUAUUUAUUGAAUGUUCUGAAGCAAAAUUUCUCAAUCUGUCCUGCUAUAAUAUUACUCGUAAUAUCUCUUGCCAUAAUAAGAGAAAUAGUUUUAGUAGUUUUAUUAUAUUCAGUGUAAAAUCUUGCAAGUCAAGACUGAAUCUUGAAAGUACAAUAUUUCUUUGUAGAAGAAUGUUCUGGGGUUUAUUAUUUAAACUCUAAUUUUAGCGUCUAAACCAGGGGUGUAAAUACUCCUCCUAGCCCUGCUGAGUAAUUUUUUUUGUUUCUCCAGAAAUAUUCUUAUUUAGAGAUCCGAUGUCAGGAACAAGAGGUCUUUUCGAUGAUUUGAUCUGUCAAAAUCAAACUCAACUUACUCAAUUAUCAGCACCAAAUUUGACAUGAUGACUUCUUUCUGUUGAAGAAACAUAAUUAAGGAAUAGCCUGUUUGUUUGGACCGCACAGUUAUCUUAUACUGCAACAAGAUGAAAAUUUAUUAACUCUGUUCUAAACAGGGCCAGAGCCUCCCAGAAAGUUUUUCUUCGAAAUCAAGUGUCAUGUUACUAAUAUAUGAUGAAUAUCAUCUUGACAUAAAUAUUGGGAGCUAGGAAGAUCAAUGGUGCAGACUAAAUAUAUCUGAGUUCAUCAGCUCAAUAUAUUUUCUUAUAUUGUAUGCUACUUGGAUAUAUAUGAUUUUGCAACAUUUUAAUAUCUGCCGGCCAAAUAAAAAAUUAUUUAUUCUUAUCAUUCAUCAUCAUCACUGAUUUUCUUAGAACUGAUAUUUUGUAUUUUUCUCUUGUCAUUGCAUAUGAGAAUUUUUCAACUGCAUUUGUAUCCUUUUGGGAACUUUUGGAACUGCAUCUUUACUGAUCUUUGCAAUGCCAUUUAUAAAUUUUUACAUAACUUUGAGCAUAUUGAGCAGGAUACAUAUUGUAGAUGCAUAAAUUGUCAUGUCUAUCACAUCAUGUUAUAUGCUAUUAAGUAUUAACUAUUUGACCUGGGGGUGAUGCAGCUAAGUUGUGGCCCUAAAACUACCAAGAAUGAGGAGUUAUAGAAUGCCUUCCAUUAAGUUUUAGAAAUUGCAAAUGCAAACCCAUAUCCUGCGUUGCGCCCCAACAAUACUAGUCUUGGUGGGUGAGCAUAAAGGCCACAGGCUGGAGACCUGAGGCCUGCCUGUACUAUAUAAUACUGCUGAACCUGUGUUAUUUGUUACUACCGGUUGACUUUGUCAUUUUCCAUGUUGUAACAUGGAGGAGCUGACUAAGAUAUAGCAGUUGUUGUUGCCGUCCUUGAUAGAGUUAACUUAAGCCUCCCCAGAAGUUUAAACAAUAGCAAUUUCCUGCCCAAGGGAGUUCUAUCCAGGUCAAUGCUGGUAUUUAAUGGUAUCAUCUUGAUGCUAUUGUGCCAAGUAGAUAAGGCACACCAGUAAAGUUACGUUGAGCACAACAGAAAUUCAUAACUGAAAUGUUGAGAAUAAUAGUUAUGUUCAGUGUGCAAUGUGCAUAAACAAUAUGUUGAGAAUUAUUACCCGCAAAUGAAGGUAUGAUCCUAUCCAAUCUUUCAUAAGCAAUGACAUCAUCCUAUUGUUUAUUGCACCAAGAGUUGAAAACUUGAAUGCCAGACUGUUAUCAAGAAAAGUUGUAUUAUAAAAUCCCCUAAUAACAACUAUAGAUCAUCAGUACCAGGUUUCAGGAAUAGAGUAUGUAUUAUAUAAUGUUCCUCAUCAUGAACUUCUCUUUUAUUCCAUGGCAUCAUAGAGUGAGUCAUCUAUUGCAUUUUCCAGGAAUAUCUCAUAGCUAAUAUUUAGUUGAGCCAAAGUCUUCUAAGAAUACACUCUGUCCCCUAUAUUGUUAGUCCUAUUUUUUUUUUAAAUUUCUUAUUGUUUGAAUAAAAUUUAUUUUUCUUUUUUUGUCACGUCAUGAGAGUUGAAGAUAGGUUUCAUCUUUAUAAUAGGUAUUGCACUAUAAACUUUGAUUUUCUAAGGCAUUUUUGGGCAGUAGACAGUACUUGACCUUAAUCAUGGUUGAUGUGAUGGUCAUGUUUGCUAGUUCUCUAGAUCAUCAGAAGAAGGUAAAGUACCUUCUGAUCAUUGAUCGACUCUUACUAUUCUUCCUGAUCAUUCUUGCAUGCUUGUGGAGUUGUCAUGUUGCUGAUGCCGCAGAUAGUAUUGGAGACAAGCUUAAAGUUGGCGAUACUCUAAAUUCCUCAAGUGCAUUAGUUUCUGCCGGGGGGAGGUUCACUUUGCUUUUCUUGCCAAAUGGUUCAAGUUCCAACUACAGGUAUCUGAAUAUCAGGCGACAAGAUGUAGCUGGUGCGAAUAAGGCGUGGGUUGCUAACCGAGACUCACCUGUUUUAAACCCUCAUGGAAUUCUUAUUUUGGACUCCAACAACACAUUAAAGAUCAUUACAAACAACACAGGUGACGGUGGCAGUCCUCCUGUUUUGGUACUUGGCUCUGCACCAAAAAGUAGUAGUAAUGUGGUGGCCAUUCUGUUGGAUUCUGGCAAUUUUAUCCUACAAGAGCUGAACUCUGAUGGAUCAACCAAGCAGGUGUGGUGGCAAAGUUUUGAUUAUCCAACAGACACCUUUUUACCAGGCAUGAAGGUAGGUGUAAACCAUAGCAAUGGGCACAUAUGGUCUCUUACCUCAUGGACAUCCACUUACUACCCACCUGCAGGAGCUUUCAUCCUAGAUUGGGACCCAACUGCCCACCAAUUGGAAAUUCGAAGACAAGGAGUGGUUUACUGGAGAAGUGGAAACUAUAAUGCUACAAACAACAGAUUCCAAAACAUUUUACCUAGUGCAAAGGUUAGCUUCAAGUUUAAAAUUGUUUCAAAUGAGAAUGAAGACUACCUCACCUACACUUCUGAAGAUGGUGGUGGAUUUGAGUUACCAGAAUGGGUUCUAGAUUAUGAUGGGAGGCUUUUUAAUUAUUAUGGAUUGGGAAUUGAUAUUGCACGAGCAGAUCAGUGUGGAGGCCAUGACACAGAUGGGAUAGGGUGCCAGACAAAUGGCCGGCCAGCUACUUGUAUUGCAGAUUAUGGCAGUCCAUUUGUGUUGAAAAAAGGUUACUUUCAGCCAAGCACCAUGAGUUCAACUUCAAGAUGCCCUUACUCGCUCAACUUUGUAUCAAAUGGAAGUUACAGUGGUAAUGGUGUUGAUUGUAAGAGUACUUGUUCACAAAACUGUGACUGCCUUGGAUAUGACUUCCUAUUUGAUGAUACGACAAGAUGCCGAUUUUGGAGUGUGGACUGUGAGUUCGUGGAAGACCGCAUUCAACUCGGUAAUGCAAGCAGUUUGGUUUUAACAAAGCUACCGCCAAUAGCAAAAUCACCACCGCCAAAGUCAGCACCACACAAAAUUCGUGCAACGCAUAAAUGGAUUUGGAUUGGGGUUGCUCUUAGUGCUGCUCUAGUGGUAAUGGCCAUUUCAAUCUUGUGUUAUCUACGACAAGGAAGACGAAAUUCCAAACUUUUAGCUGAGGGCAAGAUCGACCAGAAUGAAUUGCUGAACUUCAGGAAUUCUAAGAGGCCUACUGAUUUGAAUGGAUUUCAAAAUGAUGGAAAGAUGGGCCAUGAUUUGAGUGUAUUUAGCUAUGCAUAUGUGGUUGCUGCCACAAAGAACUUCGCUGAAGAAAAUAAACUUGGAGAAGGGGGCUUUGGACCUGUUUAUAAGGGGAUUUCGGCAACAGGGCAAGAAGUAGCUGUGAAAAGGCUUUCAAAAUGUUCAGGGCAAGGAACCUUAGAGUUUAAAAAUGAAUUGAUCCUCAUAUAUGAACUUCAACAUACAAACCUUGUUCAGCUUUUCGGAUUUUGCAUUCAUGGUGAUGAGAGGAUAUUGAUAUAUGAGUACAUGACCAACAAAAGUCUGGACUAUUUCUUAUUUGAUCCAAUCAGAGCUGUUUUUCUAGAUUGGAGGAAGCGUUUCAGCAUAAUUGAAGGAAUCGCUCAAGGAUUGCUUUAUUUGCACAAAUUCUCACGAACAAGAGUGAUUCAUAGGGAUCUAAAAGCUAGUAAUGUACUUCUUGAUGAAAAUAUGAACCCGAAAAUUUCGGAUUUUGGUAUGGCAAGAAUAUUCUCCAUUAAUGAACUGGAAGCAAAUACUAGUAGGAUUGUUGGGACACGUGGUUACAUGCCUCCUGAGUACGCAAUGGAAGGAAUUUUCUCUACAAAAUCCGAUGUCUACAGUUUUGGAGUAUUGGUGCUUGAAAUCAUAAGUGGCAGGAGAAACAAUAGCUUCUACAAUGAUGAUCGCGCCAUCAAUUUAGUAGGAUAUGCAUGGGAGUUGUGGAAAGAAGGCGCAGGGCUACAACUAAUGGAUCCGACACUAGCUGAUUCGUGUACUAACAAAGAUCAGCUGUUAAGAUGUGUUCAAGUUGGUCUUCUCUGUGUGGAAGAUAGUCCAGUGAAUCGACCUACCAUGUCAGAGGUGCUCUCUGGGUUGACAAAUGCAAUCUCACCAUUACCUGCACCUACAAAACCAGCAUUUUCUACAGAUAGGUUUUCGGUCAUCAGUAGUUUAGUUGAAAAGGAUUCACAAAUUGUGUCUGUGAAUGAUCUGACCAUUUCUGAGUGUUAUGGACGCUAAAGCCAUAUAGGCACCAAUACAUUGUAUAUGAGUUGUAUCUCGACUGAAGUACAAAAGAAUGUUGAAAUUGCAGUAAUCAUUCCCAAAACUUAUAUUUAUGUACAUACAUAUCAUU